UGGAUGAUAAUACACAGACCUCAGCCGUGCAUGGACAUAUCCACGCGUAAAGCUCAUCUUAGUUUCACCAACGAAACAUAACUACAACAGCAUGGCUUACUUUGACAGCAGCUGCCAUUGCAGCGGCGAAAGAAGACAAAACAGCAUCUUGUACAACAUUUUAAAAAACGACAGCCAGUCUGCGCAACUUGGGAACCAGCCGAGGACCCCGAGGCUCGCCGUCUCCAUGCGCGCUUGCGCGUGCGGAUCCAAGAGGAAGGUCUCUCUUCGCUCCCCUCAAACCACUUGUAAAGCAGCUUCUGCGGUUCUGGUGAAGACCCUGAAGUUCGUAAAGAACGUUCCGUGUUUUCGGGAGCUGCCCGUGGAUGAUCAGCACGCGCUGGUGCGGAGCGGCUGGGCGCCACUGCUGGUGCUCGGGAUGGCGCAGGACAGCAUAGACUUUGAGACCUCGGAGGCUCCAGAACCGAGUAUGUUACAACGGAUUUUAACUAACGGACAGGACAAACAGGAGAAUCAGAGUAAUAAUGCCGGGGUUGCGUUAACAGAUGUUCAGGGUAUUAAAAUGUUUCUGAGGAAAUGCUGGGGACUUGAUAUAAGUACUAAGGAGUACGCGUAUCUGAAAGGAGCGAUUCUUUUCAACCCAGAUGUUGCAGGGUUGCAGUGUCAACAUUACAUCCAAGCCCUUCAGAGCGAGGCGCAUCAGGCGCUCAAUGAGUACGUGAAGAUGAUUCACCGCGGAGACAGCGCACGAUUCUCCAAACUCUUCUGCGCGCUCUCCAUGCUCUUAUCCAUCAAUGCCAAUGUGGUGGCCGGUCUCUUCUUCAAGCCUGUCAUCGGAGGAGUCAACAUGGAGGAACUUCUUCUGGAGAUGUUUUAUGGAAAAUAAAACUGUAAUGCAGAAUCAAAGCUCGGUAAAAAUGGCAGUGCGCAGUGGAUGGACAAACUUUGAAAAUGACAGAUUCCUUUUUACACAUGAUAUUUUUAUAUGAUCUAUAAGAGCUCUCUCUCUCUCUUUUUGCCUUCUGAGUUGAACUCAUUGCUGAAUCCAAAGUUGAUGAUGACGUUUUUCCCAUUUUGGGGAAAGAACUUUAUAACUUAAGUUGGUUUGUUAACUUGUGCUUUGGUUGGUUGUUUGUUUGUGUUGUACAGCCUUCUGAUGAAUGUAUGUUUAUUUCAUUCCGGGUGACACUUUAUAAUAACAGUCAUUAACAGAAAUGAAUUUAUAGGCCUAUAUGUAAUGCAUAUGGUGUUUACACUGCAUGUAUAUUUAAUGUAAAUAUAAAAGCUUAAUAUAUUA